CUCUGCGACCUUGGGCGGGGCCGCGUUCCCCUUCGAGGCCUAGGUUCCCACGUCCGACGCGGGGUGCCUGAGCUCCCCGAGAUUAGCGGCCCCUCCUGGUCGGAUGCCCCUUGCGAUUCCUCCACGUCCUGCAGCUCCUGCGACGGGAAAGCGGAUGGGAGGGCUGGCUGCUGACCGUGAUGUCUCCCUCCUCCCCCAGGAACUAGGAGGCCGGCAGGAGAUCUCUUCCAGGGUGCACGGCUGAGAUGGACCCACUCAGGGCCCAGCAGCUGGCCGCGGAGCUGGAGGUAGAGAUGAUGGCCGACAUGUACAACAGAAUGACCAGCGCCUGCCACCGGAAGUGCGUGCCUCCCCACUACAAGGAAGCAGAGCUGUCCAAGGGCGAGUCCGUGUGCCUGGACCGGUGUGUCUCCAAGUACCUGGACAUCCAUGAGCGGAUGGGCAAGAAGCUGACAGAGCUGUCUAUGCAGGACGAGGAGCUGAUGAAGAGGGUCCAGCAGAGUUCUGGGCCUGUGUGAGGCGCCGGCCAGUACGCCCUACGGGGCGCCCCUCCCCUUCCCACUCGGCUGAAAAAGUGCCCCCGUUGGGUGUCGUCUGUGAAGACUGCCAGGCCUGGGCUCCUUCCGGAGAGUCUCCAGGAGCCGGUUCCCAGGCGCAGAAGGGUGUCUGUCAGCCUGGGCUGUGACUCUGUGUGUGAGUGUGUAUGUAUAUAUUAUAUAUUAAAACAUUUAUUGACACCCGCA